AUGUCAACAUCCGAAAUAAAUAAUUCCAACGCAGAUCAUGAUUGGUUAGAAAGAGCGAUAUCUGAAAAUUAUAUCAAAUAUUAUGAUUUUGCUGAGUUCAUUAAUUGGGAAGAAAUCAGCAGCGGUUCUUAUGGUAAUGUUUCUUGCGCAAAUUGGAAAGGUACGGGAACUAUCAUGGCUCUAAAACAUUCAUAUAAUUUGACCAUUAAAGAGAUCGUUAAUGAG